AUGUCCACCCACAAAAGGAACGACCUCCCGUCCAUCCACCGCUACAUCACCACCCACAAUUCCGAAGGCGAGGCGGUCUUUGUCUCCCAUGCCCAAAUCCCCGACUAUAUGCCCUCUCAGCCCGCCGGCGAAGACGGCGAGAUCGCCCUCCUCUACGCGACGACCUCCCUCCCCGCUAUCGUCGACAAUGAAGCCGAUCUCGCCAUGUACGACGAGUUCCUCCACCAACCGCCCGGGCUCACGACCGCGUCAGGAACCAUAUUCCGUCUGAUUGAUCUGCGGCCGGGUAAGAUCAGCCCGAUGCAUCGGACAGUGAGUGUGGAUUACGGGAUUGUGAUUGAGGGGGAGGUGGAUCUGAUUUUGGAUUCAGGGGCGACGAGACAUUUGAGGCGCGGGGAUGUGAGUGUGCAGAGGGGGACGGCGCAUUCGUUUCGAAAUCGGAGUGAGACGGAGUGGUGUCGAAUGUUGUUUGUUUUCUUGCCGAUGCAGAGGCUUGUGAUUCAUGGGAAGGAGUUGGGAGAGGAGAUGUAUGAUGAGGGCUAUGAUCGGGCUAACGGGGGAUGA